AUGGUACCAAAAUUUGCAUACAGCGCAGCCAUUGUUUAUACUGCCCUCUUGUUAUCUUCUGUCCGAGGAGGCUCUAACAACGGGAACAACAAUGGAAACAAUAAUAUAGGUUCUAACAACGGGAACAACAAUGGAAACAAUAACGUUGGUUCUAAUAACGGAAAUAAUAAUGGAAACAAUAAUGUAAAACGUGGUUCUAACAACGGAAAUAAUAACGGUAACAAUAACCAUGGUUCCAACAACGGAAACAACAAUGGCAACAAUAACGUUGGUUCUAACAACGGAAAUAAUAACGGUAACAAUAACCAUGGUUCUAACAACGGAAACAACAAUGGCAACAAUAACGUUGGUUCUAACAACGGAAAUAAUAAUGGAAACAAUAAUUUAAAACGUGAAGAUGACUACAAUAACAUUG